GCCCCUCACAUGACCGCUUGCUGGCCGCGCCAUGGCGGAAGCGGAGGAUAAGGAAACCAGGUCUAAUGAGGAAUCAACAGAUGAAUCUGAGGAAGAUGAGAGUGAAGAAGAACCAAAGCUGAAGUAUGAACGGCUUUCUAAUGGAGUGACUGAAAUUCUCCAGAAGGAUGCAGCCAGCUGCAUGACGGUGCAUGAAAAGUUUUUGGCACUGGGAACACAUUAUGGCAAAGUUUAUUUGCUUGAUGUCCAGGGGAACAUCACACAGAAGUUUGAUGUUAGCCCAGUGAAGAUAAAUCAGAUCAGCCUGGAUGAAAGUGGAGAGCACAUGGGUGUUUGUUCAGAAGAUGGCAAGGUGCAGGUGUUUGGAUUGUAUUCGGCGGAAGAGUUUCAUGAAACGUUUGACUGUCCUAUUAAAAUUGUGGCUGUUCAUCCUCAUUUUGUAAGAUCCCACUUCAAGCAGUUUGUAACAGGAGGGAAGAAGUUGCUGUUAUAUGAGAGAGGUUGGAUGAAUAGAUGGAAGCCUUCGGUUUUACAUGAAGGGGAAGGAAAUAUAAGAAAUGUAAAAUGGAGAGGACACUUAAUUGCUUGGGCCAAUAAUAUGGGCGUGAAGAUACUUGACAUGAUCUCCAAGCAAAGGAUUACCAACGUGCCUCGAGAUGACAUAAGCCUUCGCCCAGAUAUGUAUCCCUGCAGCCUUUGCUGGAAGGAUAAUUUAACACUGAUUAUUGGCUGGGGAAAUUCAGUAAAGAUUUGCUCAGUAAAAGAACGGCAUGCCAGUGAGAUGCGCGACCUCCCAAACCGCUAUGUGGAAAUAGUUUUCCAGUUCGACACCGAGUUCUAUAUCAGUGGACUCGCACCUCUCUGCGACCAGCUCGUUAUCCUUUCAUAUGUGAAGGAAGUCUCUGAAAAGAUGGAAGUGGAGUGUUGUGCAAGGCCUAGACUGGAUAUUGUACAACCACUACCUGAGUCCUGUGAAGAGAUCUCUUCUGAUGCAUUAACAGUACGAGGAUUUCAGGAAAAUGAAUGUAGAGAUUAUCAUUUAGAGUAUUCAGAAGGUGAAUCACUUUUCUAUAUCAUCAGCCCAAGAGAUGUGGUUGUGGCCAAAGAGCGCGACCAAGAUGACCACAUUGACUGGCUUCUGGAGAAGAAGAAAUAUGAAGAAGCGUUGAUGGCAGCUGAGAUCAGUCAGAAAACCAUUAAGAAGCACAAGAUUUUGGACAUUGGCUUAGCCUAUAUAAAUCACCUAGUGGAGAAAGGAGAGUACGACCUGGCUGCUCGAAAGUGCCAGAAAAUUCUUGGCAAAAAUACAGAACUCUGGGAAUUUGAAGUUUACAAGUUCAAAGAAAUAGGUCAGCUAAAGGCAAUUAGUCGUUACUUGCCCAGACGGGAUCCAGUUUUGAAGCCUUUGAUUUACGAGAUGGUCCUGCAUGAGUUUCUGGAGAGUGACUACGAGGGGUUUGCAACCCUGAUAAAAGAGUGGCCUGGAGAUCUCUACAACAACACGAUCAUAGUACAAGCUGUAGUGGAUCACCUGAAGAAAGAUCCACAGAACAGGACUCUUCUGCGAACGCUUGCAGAAUUGUAUACUUAUGACCAGCGCUAUGGCAGAGCCCUAGAAAUUUACCUAACUCUGAGGCACAAAGACGUCUUCCAGUUGAUCCACAAGCACAAUCUUUUCAGUUCUAUCAGAGAUAAAAUUGUUCUGCUCAUGGAUUUUGAUUCAGAGAAAGCAGUAGACAUGCUUUUGGACAACGAGGAUAAAAUUUCUAUUGACAGAGUCGUUGAAGAAUUGGAAAACAGGCCUGAGCUGCAGCACGUGUAUUUGCACAAGCUUUUCAAAAGAGACCACCAUAAAGGCCAGCGAUAUCAUGAGAAGCAGAUCAGCCUUUAUGCUGAAUAUGAUCGUCCAAACUUACUACCAUUUCUCAGAGACAGCACACACUGCCCGCUGGAGAAGGCUCUUGAGAUCUGCCAGCAGAGGAACUUUGUAGAAGAGACAGUCUAUCUUCUGAGUAGAAUGGGCAAUAGCCGCAGUGCCUUGAAGAUGAUAAUGGAAGAGCUGCAAGAUGUAGAUAAAGCUAUUGAAUUUGCCAAGGAACAAGAUGAUGGAGAACUUUGGGAAGACCUCAUUUUGUAUUCUAUUGACAAACCGCCUUUCAUUACUGGUUUGUUGAACAAUAUUGGAACCCAUGUUGAUCCCAUUCUUCUGAUCCACCGCAUUAAGGAGGGCAUGGAGAUUCCUAAUUUGAGAGACUCGCUGGUGAAAAUUCUUCAGGACUACAACUUGCAGAUCCUGCUGCGGGAAGGCUGUAAGAAGAUACUUGUUGCAGAUUCUCUUUCUUUACUGAAGAAAAUGCAUCGAACUCAGAUGAAGGGUGUUCUAGUAGAUGAGGAGAAUAUCUGUGAAUCAUGCCUGUCUCCAAUACUUCCUCCAGAUGCAUCCAAGUCCUUCAAUGUGGUGGUGUUCCACUGCAGGCAUAUGUUUCACAAAGAGUGCCUCCCAGUAUCUAACACAAUAUCUACUGUCCAGUUCUGCAACAUAUGCAGCGCCAAACACCGAGGGCCAGGAAGUGCAAUCCUGGAGAUGAAGAAAUAGGUCCUCUCAUUCUCCAUGCCAGUCUGUGACACCAGAUGUGUUUGGACCAUGCAGAGCCACUUAGCUUCUGUUAGUCAACAUUUCUGUAUAUAAUUCUGAUUGUGAUUUAAACCUGGUUUCUAGAGUUAUCCAGCUUGUUGAAUGUUUUGGGGAAAGAGAAAAGGUUACAAUCUCUCCAUGGUGAGCUCUUUGUUAUCCACUUCACAUAUCCAGUUCCUUUGCUCAGUUCCUCACUUAAAUCUGGAACAGAAAAGAAAUAAAAUGGAAAAACAAAAAUUCUGUUUGAAGAUUUGUGCUUGCUGUGAGUUAAUGCAUUUACUGUUUGGAGCCAUAUGAGGCUAAUGGUUUGAUAUUGUAAAGAGAGACAAAUUGCUGUGAAUUCAGCUCAACCAAACUCAUUAAGUUCUGAUUUAGUCUAUUAGUGAACUGUUUAACUUGAAACCCGUAGGAGUCUGCUUUCAGUGGAACUGCUUCAGGACAUGAGGCUGGCUGCGUGCUGACUCACAGAUUGCAUUUACAAACUCAACUGUUAAUUCCCCGCACUGGCAAUUUACCUUGGUCAUAUGCUUACACAGUCAUAGCCUGUUAUAAAGUGGUUGUCUUCUCACUUGAUCUUCACAACACUGUAGUUUUAAGAUAGCUUCUCUCAUGUUAAACCAUCCAGAAACUCUAUUUUGAAAUGUCAGCACUAGGUCUUUAUGCUGAUUUUGUUAGUAUGGUUGUAGUGUAUGAUUUCGUUUAAGUACAGGGGGAGAAAAAGGCCACAGCUGACCAUUCAGAAAUUAGAGCUCUUGGAGGUUUUUUUGGCCUUUAUCUAUUUAAUAGCUGAGUUAGAUAAGUCUAUUUGGAUGUUGAGGA